CAUCUUGUACUAUAGGCGCCAAACCUCAUUUCCUUUACUUGCUGCGAGAGCGUUAACUUAGCCCUACUCGAGUGCUCAUACUCUGCUUCAUCGCUGUCUUGGCUACUUUUACUAGUAACAGUUAUCUUCUCUGGUUAUGUCCUCUGGUAGGAAUGGGCUCAAGCUGGUCUCGAGAGACAGCUUGGAGCGGCACAUCUGACUGGAUAGUCACGCAGAAUGAAGUGAAAGGAGCUCUCUCUGGUUUUGAAGCAUGGCAAAAGGAGCAGGACGCGAGCAAAGUCAACCAGCGCGCCUUGCCCACCAACGGGCCCCUCCUCGAUCGCAUGGGAGGUGCCGACUACGUGAAGCGCGUGGCGGAACGAUUCUAUCACAAAUUGUACGCAGAUGAGCAGCUGGCGCCGUUCCUGGGCGAGCACGACGUAGUUUCCCUGCGUGCAAAGCAGAAUGCCUUCCUCAUUUGGGCAUUUGGCCCGCCCAACCGGCCGUACCCCGGCCGCCACCUGCGCACCGCCCACCUGCGGCUCAUCAAGCAGAAGGGAUUCACGGUGGAGCACUUUGAGAUGGGGCUCAAGCACUUCGAGGAGGCGCUCAAGGAAAUGGACGCGCCGCCGAGUGUCGUGCGGGACGCCCUGAUGAAGCUCCGACCGUACAAGACGGUGGUAUUUACGCCCUCGUCCGCCCGCGACGCCGAGGAGGAACUGCGCUGGGUGAAGGAGGAGCGCAUGCGGGCGCAGCGCGAGCAGCGCGCGCUGCACAAGACAUACUCAACCGCCUCCGCCACCAGCGUGGGCAGCGGCACCGCGGCGCCGGCAGGUGGCGCCGCAGGCGGGGCGGCGGCAGAGGGCGGCUCCGCGGGCAGGGCCGUCAGCCGCAGCGCAGAUAGCGGCGCAAGGCCGCCUGCCGGGUCCGCUCCUGGGACCGCGGACCAGGGCGCUGCUGCCGCCGCACAGGCCAGCCAGCAGCACGGCUCAGGCACCGGCGGCAUCAGCGACAGCGACCAGUCAGUCAGCAGCUCCGCGGCCGCUCGGGCUGCAGGCCCGCAGUGUCCCUUCACCGGCGGCCGCGUGUCGCGCCCCAGCUCCAGCACCGUCGUGGUGCCGCCCGCUUCCACCUCAGCCGACAACUCCGUCACCACGCCCACGUCCGAGGCGGCGCCCUCGCCCGUAGCCACGCCCACGCGGAGCACCCCGCCCAAAGGGCCCAGCGGGGCAGCGCCCGGCGGCCCCCCGCUGUCACGCCUAUCCGGCUCCCAGCUCUUCCCGCCGCCCUUCCCCGCAGGCGGCGUGAACUCACCCGCGCGCGGGUCGGGCCGUGCCGGCCCCGGAUCCGCCAGCGGCUCGUUCUCUGGGCCCUCAGGAGGCGUCAUGUCUGCGGCUGCGCCGGGCCUGCUGGGUGGCACGGGCUCCGGCCACGCCUCUUUCAGCUCGUCGCAGGUGCCCCUGCCGCCAGCGCUAGCGGGCCUGCCGCCGCCGCCCCCGCUGCCGCCGCUGCACAUGCUAGCGACGCGCGGUGCUGGCAAUGGGCCGCCCUCUGGCAGCGGCACGCCGCGCUCGACGUCACAGCGUGAGAUGGCGGUCGGUGGCUCGGCGCAGGCUGUGUCGCUGUCAGGGGCCCUUCCUUCCGGCUCCGCUGGCGGCUGUGCGGUCAGCUCCCCGCUGGCAAGUGCUGGCGGCAGCGGCGCCUUUUCGCGCCGCUCCGGGGGCCGGUCAUCCUUUGACUUCGGCUCCGGGCCAUCCACCAUUCUGGGCGUGCGGCAGCCCUCGCCGUCUCACCUGUCGCAGAUGACGUCUGGGUCAAUGCCGGGCGGCGUGGUGUCGGCUGCUGCGGAGGUGGCUGCGGCGCCAUCAUCCUCACCGGUCGUGCGGGCGGCGCCUUCGAUGGCGUGGACGGCGUCCGCCGCUACCGGCCCGAAAUCACCCCCGCCCAAGGCGCCUGCGGCCGCAAAGGCACCAGCUGCGGCAGCUGCAGGUGGCGACGCCUCGGGCGGCCUGAAAAAGCUGGCACCUCCCGCGGCAGCAGCGAGGGAGGGCAGCGACGCCGCGGCAGCGGCGGCCGCAGCCGCGCAGCAGCCGCGCCCAGUGGAGCGGUGGGCGCAGCCCGCGGGCGCCACGCCUGGGAGCGGCGGCGGUGGCGGUGCGGGCAGCGGCAGCGGCACUGCGGGCACGGGCACGGGCACUGCGGGCACAGGCAGCCACUCGCCCAACUACCACAUGCAGUUCAUGAAGCCGCCCUCGCCCGGACAUAUGUCGUCGGGCAUGUCGUCUCCGGGCGCCAUGAAGCGAUUGGCGUGAGCCACACGGGGGAAGCGGUGGGGAGCAAACGGAAGGCGUGGAGGGCGAGCGUGGUCAGAUGAGCACCGCAGGUGGAUAGGGGCGAAGGCGAGGCGAUGAAGGAAGGAACGGGAGGGGCGCAAGCUCGUGACGCGGCGAUGUGGCGGAGUUGUGGGGGGAUGUGGCCAUCACAGGUUACGGGGCUGCCUGGACUGCCGGUGCUGGCAGGAGGUGGUGGGGGUUCUUUAUGUUGUUAGUGGCCCCGUCAACAUUGCAGGUUACUUCAGGUCCGAUGGUGGCUGUUGACCUUCUUUGAACGCUGCUUGUAUAGCGCUGCGGCCUGCGCCACAAGUGAGUGAGGCGUGCACGCAGACCGUCUUUCCGUGACGCGGAUGUGAGCGCCAGCGCAAGUGUAUGCGGAAUCCUGGUGUGUGGAAAGCUGCCGGCUUGCGUGCGUGCAUUUAUAACCGUAUAUAACCGUACACAUACAAGUGUUGCGGAGCACAUUCAUCUGGGAAUGUUCGUAUGGAUGCGGAUUACAAGUGAAGGGACAGCCCGACAAGCGGUUCGUAUGGGGCAGUAAUAAAUGGCAAACGCACUUUUAACUGUGGCUGCCAUUACAAAUAAUGGAGGUAACUGGAUGAGGCGCAGUAGAUCAGCUGGAUAAUCGGUUGAGACCUGCCGGUGUCUGGUCUGCGGUCUUUGCUGGCGAGCAUAGCGUGGCACAGUGUGUGGUAUGUAUGGCUGUUUGACGGUUUGUUGCUUGCUGUGCUUGUGCUUGACCGCGGGACGCGGCUAGUCCGGGAGAUGAGGUAGUUUUGAAACCUUUGGCCUCAGACAUGCAUCAACGGGGCGUGGCAGCACAGCCCGCUUUUCCCCUUGACAGGGAGAGCCACCUUUCUUGUCUGUACACACGUCCUGGCUACGUUGGGAGUCGCAGUUUUGUGGUGCACUGGUACACACAUACACACGUGGGCGGCAAUCCUUUGGUUGCUUUUAACGCACACACA